AUGCCUUUAGAAGCUACUAUGAUAGUGCUGGACAAUUCGGAGUGGAUGCGUAAUGGCGAUUAUACACCAACACGCUUAGAAGCUCAAAGGGAUGCCGUGAAUUUAAUAUUUUCAUCAAAGACACAGUCAAAUCCUGAAAAUACAGUCGGCCUAAUGACCAUGGCUGGAAAGGGUCCAGAAGUUCUUGUUACAUUAACUUCAGAUAUGGGAAAAAUUCUGUCGGCUACUUAUAAUAUUAAAGUAGGAGGAAAGGCGAAUCUUACAACAGGAAUUCAGGUCGCGCAGCUUGCAUUAAAACAUCGACAGAAUAAAAACCAACGACAACGUAUUAUAGUAUUCGUGGGGAGCCCAAUUAACGCAGAUGAAAAAGCUCUAUCAAAGCUCGCAAAAAAAACCAAAAAGAAUAAUGUGGCAGUAGAUAUAAUUAAUUUUGGCGAGGAAGCUGAGAAUACAUCGAAACUUGAAGCUUUUAUUCAAGCUAUAAACAGCAGUGAUAAUAGCCAUCUCGUAACAAUCCCGCCUGGUCCGUAUAUUCUAAGCGAGCGUCUAAUAUCCUCGCCUAUAAUAUCCGGUGAAGAUGGAAUUCCCGCUGGUUUUACUUCCGGUGCUGGUAGCGGUUUUGAAUUUGGGGUCGAUCCUAAUCUUGAUCCAGAAUUAGCUCUUGCUUUGAGAAUCUCUCUGGAAGAAGAAAAAGCUCGACAAGAAGCUGAAGCUGCAAAAGCUGCAACCGCCAAUGCUCCAGAAACAGAAUCAACAUCUAUGGCUGUGGAUUCGAAUGAACAAGAACAUGGAACUGUUUCGGCUGGACAAGAUCACACUGGUGAUAUAGAGAUGGAAAUGACUGAAGAAGAACAAAUUGCACGCGCCAUUGAAUUGUCAAAAGAAACAUCAUCAGGGCAGCAACAACAGCAAUCCAACGAUUAUAUCAACGUAAUGCAAGAUCCACAAUUUAUGAAUUCGGUGCUUGGGGGUCUACCGGGUGUGAAUCCUGCCGAUCCGAUGAUUCAAAAUGCAUUAGCAGGUGUAAGUCUAAAGGAUUACAAGACCGUAAAGGUUGCGUUAACAAAAUUCUACGGCAUCGGAAUGAAUGUUUCCGCUAGAAUAUGUGCAAAACUAAGCAUCCACGACACAUGUAAAAUGCAAGAAUUAACCGAAAACCAACUUAACCAACUUUCUGCAGUAUUGUCUGAUAUGACAUUAGGUGCGGACUUGAAACGACAAGUAAAAAGUCAUAUUAUGCAUCAUCGACAUAUUGGGUCGUAUAAGGGUAAACGACAUGCUAUGAGUUAUCCGGUUCGUGGGCAACGUACACAGACUAAUGCCAAGACGGCCAAACGGUUGAAUGCUCGAUUUAUUAAUCAGAAAUAA